AUGCUUUAUAUUCCCCAACGAUGUGUGCAAGAAGGAAUCCAGUUGAGAUUUGAACAAAAUUACAGAAACGUAUGUGACCUCCUUCUUUCUGUAACCCGAUCAAGAACACUCCCUAAAGGACUACAACUCCAUGGUCAUAUCAUCAAAUUAGGCUUUCAAAUAAUCCCACUCGUGUCUCACUAUUUAAUCAAUUUCUACUCAAAAACCCAGCUCCCAAUCGACUCCCAGCGAGUUUUCAACGAAACCAAUAUCAAAUCAUCAACCACUUGGAGUUCCAUUAUCUCUUCUUUUGCCCAGAAUGAGCUCCCUAUUCUUGCACUCGAGUAUUUUAAGAGGAUGGUCGAUUAUGGUGUUCGUCCAGAUGACCAUAUUUUCCCGAGUGCCACGAAAGCCUCUGCUAUUCUUUCAAACUAUAACGUCGGGAGGUCAGUGCACUGCCUUGCCUUGAAAACUGGGUAUGGUUUUGAUGUGUUCGUCGCCAGUUCGGUGGUGGACAUGUAUGCGAAAUGUGGGAAGAUUCAAGACGCACGUAACAUGUUCGACGAAAUGCCUAUGAGAAAUGUAGUUUCAUGGAGUGGGAUGAUUUAUGGGUAUGCGCAGUUGGGCGAACAUGAAGAAGCUCUAUGGCUUUUCAAGCAAGCUUUAUUUGAGAAAUUGGAGGUUAACGACUUCACAUUCACAAGUGUCAUUCGAGUUUGUGGCAACACAACGCUACUCGGACUAGGUCAGCAGCUACAUGGGCUAUCUUUGAAAUUGAGCUUCGAUUCAUCAAGCUUCAUAGGAAGUGCUCUAAUCUCUAUGUAUUCAAAAUGUGGAAUCAUCAAACCAGCUUAUCAGAUUUUCCAAGAAACACCCAUCAAGAACUUAGGAAUGUGGAACGCAAUGCUCAUAGCAUGUGCUCAACAUUCACAUACAAAUAAAGCCUUUGAACUAUUCCAAGAAAUGGAAUCAAGCGGCAUGAAACCAAAUUUCAUAACUUUUCUUUGUACACUCUAUGCAUGUAGCCAUUCAGGACUAGUGGAAAAGGGUAAGUAUUAUUUCAACCUAAUGAAACAUUACAAGAUUGAGCCAACUGAUCAGCAUUAUGCUUCAAUGGUGGACAUAUUUGGAAGAGCUAAUAAACUAGAUGAAGCACUCUCAAUUAUAAAGGAAAUGCCAAUCAAACGCACAGAAUGUGUAUGGGGGGCAUUAUUGACCGGAUGUAGACUCCAUGGAAAUACAGAAUUAGCAGCUUAUGCUGCUGACAAAGUGUUUGAAUUAGGUCCUGUUAGUUCAGGCAUGCAUGUUUUAUUAUCUAAUGCUUAUGCUUCUGUUGGAAGAUAUGAAGAGGCUGCAAGAGCCAGAAAGAUGUUAAGGGACACAGGGGUAAAAAAGGAAACUGGUUUAAGCUGGGUUGAGGAGGGUAAUAUGGUCCAUACUUUUGCUGCAGGGGACAGGCGACAUUUGAGAUCAAAAGAGAUUUAUGAAAAGUUGGAGGAUUUAGAAGAUGAGAUGGUGGAAGCUGGUUAUGUUGCUGAUACGAGUUAUGUGUUGAGAGAAGUUGGUGGUGAAGAGAAAAGUAUGGCAAUUAGAUAUCAUAGUGAAAGAUUAGCAAUUGCAUUUGCUUUAAUUACAUUUAAGGACAAAAGACCGAUUAGGGUUAUGAAGAAUUUGAGGAUUUGUGGUGAUUGUCACACUGCAAUAAAGUUUAUGUCAAAAUGCUGUGGUAGAGUGAUUAUUGUUAGGGAUAAUAAUAGAUUUCAUCGGUUUGAAGAUGGGAAAUGCUCUUGUAGUGAUUAUUGGUGA